GAAGUAGCUGCAGGUGUGAAGUUGUCAACGAGCUGGAGUAAACAACGUGAGGAGGAGAACAGUUAUUAUGGAUUUAUGAACCGUUUUUCAGUUGUUUUAACGUUUCGACGUGACGUUAAACUCUGAAACCGGCUCUUUUUUUAUCUCAGGUGGCCCAGUGGGGCUGCAGGUAGCCGCUGAUGAUGAUGAAGGUGUUUCGCAGUCCGGCUCGUCAUGGCUACGCUGUGGAGACGUCUCCAUUCAUCCCCAACAGAGUGGCCUGUACUGCCUCACAGUACUAUGGAAUAGCAGGUUGUGGCACACUCCUGAUUCUGGAUGAGACAGAGACGGGGAUUUCUCUUGUAAGGAGCUGGGAGUGGGGUGAUGGUCUGUUCGACGUGACGUGGAGCGAAACCAACGAGCACGUCUUGGUGGCCGGGGGCGGCGACGGCAGCCUGCAGCUGUGGGACACAACCAAUCACAACGCUCCGCUGAGGGUGGCCAAGGAACACACACAAGAGGUGUAUGCUGUAGACUGGAGUCAGACCAGAGGUGAGAACCUCAUCGUCUCUGGAUCGUGGGAUCAGACGGCUAAAGUGUGGGAUCCCACUCUCAGCCGAUCGCUGACCACACUCAGAGGUCAUGAAGGGGUCAUCUACAGCACCAUUUGGUCGCCUCACAUCCCAGGAUGCUUUGCUUCAGCUUCAGGUGACGGGACGCUCAGAAUCUGGGAGGUGAAGAGCGCAGCGUGUCGAUUGGUCAUCCCGGCGCACAAGGCUGAGAUCCUCAGCUGUGAUUGGUGCAAAUACGAUCAGAACAUUGUGGCCACGGGCUCGGUAGACUGCAGCGUGUGUGUCUGGGAUCUGAGGAACGUCCGACAUCCUAUCAAUCAACUGCUAGGCCACACCUACGCCAUCCGCAGAGUCAAGUUUUCUGCGUUCAGUAAGACGGUGUUGGCUUCCUGCUCGUACGACUUCACUGUCAGGUUCUGGGAUUACAGCAGGAACCAGCCUCUUCUGGACACCGUGGAGCAUCACUCAGAGUUCGUCUGCGGGUUAGACUUCAACCUGCAUGUCCCCAACCAGGUGGUCGACUGUUCCUGGGACGAGACGGUGAAGAUCUACACACCUGCCUGUCUAUCAGCUGGAUCAUAACACACACAGAGAAACCACCACACUCUUUUGGACACUGUAUUGAUUUCCAUUUAUUGCCUGGAGACUUGCCUUACCUCAGUGAUUCCCAAAUGUUUUCUGUCGGGCCCCUCUUUUGUGGGUAAAGAUAAUUUUCACUCCCCCAAGUCGUGAGAGAGGUUUACACAUUUUAAAUCUAGGUUAAUAACAGAUUGAGUUUUUCUAUCAGAGUCAGUAUAGAAAAUGUUGGAUCGGUGCUUCUAAACUUACAACAAAGUCUAAACACUCACAUUGUUAACCUUGUGGGGACCACAGCUUUGUCCCCAGAUGGAAGUCCCCACAAAGUGACUGUGUGACCAGACAUUUGUCCCUCACAGUCUGAUGAAUACAAACACACAGUGCCAUCAUUAUUAGCACCAGUGUGAAACAGAUAAGUCCCUAAAUGUUCUAUUAUAAUGAUUUUUAAGUCUGAUGAAGGACACGAGGGAAUAAAAAGAGCUGAAAUUUAAUUACUUACUGACAAGCGAGUGCCCUAAUUAGCAUAUAAACAGUAUAAUUCAACAUUAUACUGUGAUUAUGAUACAGCAGUGAUGCAGCUGUAAAGUGAAUCAGUAAAGUAUGUCAUCAGUUAGUUUCAGUAAAAGCAGAAAAUGAGAUUUGUAAAUGUCCAUCAUGUGUUUAGAUAUUAUUAAUUGUUACAUUGAGUUACUGUGAAUGUAUCAUGUAAAUCAGGAUGUUUAAUAGUGAUUGUGUGAUCCAUGAUAUUCGUGUGUUUCUGCUUUAUCUCAGCGAUAUUCAAUUCAACUAGAGUACAAAUGUCAGCUGUGACAAAUUUUACAAGUUGAAUGUCACCAGUGUGGAUGAUGAUGAUGAUGAUGAUGAUGAUCUGUAUGUGCAGUGCCUUCAAUAAAGCAGCAGAUAUCACAUGAAGACUCAUCUUAUCAAUUUAAGUUUUAAAAGCAUGUAAUUUAAUUUCCUUUAAGUGUAACUGGUGUAAUUCUGUAUUUUUCUUUUUCUCAACAAAUCCCAUUAAAACAUCAAUGUUUUAGUUGUUCUCU